AUGUCGACUAAGAGUUACUCGGAAAGAGCAGCUGCUCAUAGAAGUCCAGUUGCUGCCAAGCUUUUAAACUUGAUGGAAGAGAAGAAGUCAAACUUAUGUGCUUCUCUUGAUGUUCGUAAAACAGCAGAGUUGUUAAGAUUAGUUGAGGUUUUGGGUCCAUAUAUCUGUCUAUUGAAGACACAUGUAGAUAUCUUGGAGGAUUUCAGCUUUGAGAAUACCAUUGUGCCGUUGAAGCAAUUAGCAGAGAAACACAAGUUUUUGAUAUUUGAAGACAGGAAGUUUGCCGACAUUGGGAACACUGUUAAAUUACAAUACACGUCUGGUGUAUACCGUAUCGCCGAAUGGUCUGAUAUCACCAAUGCACACGGUGUGACUGGUGCGGGCAUUGUUGCUGGUUUGAAGCAAGGUGCCGAGGAAGUUACGAAAGAACCUAGAGGGUUGUUAAUGCUUGCCGAGUUAUCGUCCAAGGGGUCUCUAGCGCACGGUGAAUACACUCGUGGGACCGUGGAAAUUGCCAAGAGUGAUAAGGACUUUGUUAUUGGAUUUAUUGCUCAAAACGAUAUGGGUGGAAGAGAAGAGGGCUACGAUUGGUUGAUCAUGACGCCAGGUGUUGGUCUUGAUGACAAAGGUGAUGCUUUGGGACAACAAUACAGAACUGUGGAUGAAGUUGUUGCCGGUGGAUCAGACAUCAUUAUUGUUGGUAGAGGUCUUUUCGCAAAGGGAAGAGAUCCUGUAGUGGAAGGUGAGAGAUACAGAAAGGCGGGAUGGGACGCUUACUUGAAGAGAGUAGGCAGAUCCGCUUAA